AGGAAAGCUGUAGCGUGAGGACAUGAUUGUCGAGGUGGAGCUGACUCGUUGCAAGGGCGGAAGGAUGCUAUGAAGGAAUGGGAAGUGCUCGGGAAGUCGCGUUUAUUCAUGGCCUUGAGCCGGUUGGUGCCCCACCAGACCCAAAAUGGAAAUUAAACUUCGCAGCAAUCGCACACCAUCUUUAUGUUCUCCUUUGCUGUCAUGGGCCUUUCGCCGCUAAGGAGUCAAUUUGUGGCACGGCAUUGGUCAGUCCUGGAUCUGUACCAUCUACUCCAGUCUCCUUCAAGAACUCGCCCACUGCAGCAGUCGACUGUUUUCACGACUCGAUCUAACUCGACACGCUCGGGUUCACAGGCACCGUUAGAAAGAACUGUACGACCGUUAAAGACAAAUACAACCUACAGAACAAAUAGCCACGGAGGUAGCUCCUACCGGAAUGAACCAGGAAGCGAUAGACCAGCUUUUCAAAGAAACGGUGCCCAAGGAAAAGAUCGCAAUGGAUCAACAAAUAGUUCGUCAAGAUAUGCAUCCAGGGAAUCAUUCAAGGAAAGGAGCCAGAUCCCAGCGAUCCCUAUACCAACAAAAUUUCGAACUGUACCAGAUACAGAAAGGAUCGAGGGGAUGGACAAGGAGAGUGUACAGGAGCUGUUUACUAAACGGUCUGGGGCCUAUUCGUUGAGUAACGAGGCCUUCAGUAUCAAGGCUACCCGCAUGCCCUUCCGAGAGCCACCACCACCUGAUGUUCCGGUCUUUGUCCAGAAAGCCGCGAUGGAGUAUAAUUACGCUAUGACGAGAUACAAUCAGGAGCAACAGGAACAACAGGAGAAAAAGGAGCAACAGAAGCAACAGGACGAGUUCGCUGCCAAGGCUCCAUCCUCAUCUUUAACACCCUCAGCUUCGUCAUCACUCUCUUCCACGACAUCGAAUCUCGAGCCACCGACGCUGCCCCUCCCGAUUUUACAGUAUCAACUUCGCAACGUUCGGCUAUACCCAGAGUCCGCCAUGUCACCGCACCCGCCCUUCCGUGUGACAUUUGUCGUCCCCAAAAAGACUGUAUCCAAGUUGGCUACGCAUCGUAACCUGGUCAGGAAGAAACUCACAGCCGCGGUAGAGGCGGUCUUCCGUGAGCAUGCCCGACCAGGUCAUGAAUUCUUGAUUUUUGCGAAACGGGAGUGCAUGACAACAACGCAGGAAAAACUGGUGCAGUGGAUGAAGAGAGACUUGACGAAUCCCGCUUUGUAUGGAGGUCGAGCUACUCGACAGAACACCAGAGACAGUGGCUUCAGCAAAACUGACAGCAAGGACUACAACAAGGGUAUGGAAGGGCCCGGAACUGGCAAUCAGGGUGGCGGAAAAAAAUUGGACAGCCACAGGACGGUAACCGUGCGCUGGAAGAACAAUCGUCCACCAUUGUUCAAAAAAUGGUGGAAGCACGCCUUGCCCAACCCACUUGGACGCACCCAGCAGAGCGAUGCCUAUCUUGACCAAUAUUGCCUUCCUCCUCAAGAGACGCCGUCACCGGACAAUGAGGAUCCAGCAAAGCUCAAGAAGCAAUAACCACAUGUUGAGCGCAUUGUUGACCAAUAAUAAACAUAGA